UUUUGCAACUGUAACGUCGCAAUACAUGUUAUUUAGCCAUUUUGAUUCCAGCAACAACACAAACGACACAAGAGGAAAAGCCCUGAAACACAAAAGAACCCUGUUUGUUUCCCUGGCAUCAUAUACUCCACGGAGGAGGAGAACCAUUGCAUCAUCAUCAUCCUCCUCCUCAUGUGUGAUAUAAACAUACACGAAGGACCCGAUCACACAUGUUGUAGUUUACUAGGUGCUUGAGGUGCUGCAGCUCAGUGUCUGGUCCUCACAGGAUGAGGUCAUUGUGGAGGGAAACACAGCAGAACUGGGAUCCGCUCUUAACUUAUAAUCUGUUCACAAUGUGACAGACUUCUACCACUCUUUUAUUCUUUACUGGUUUGCUGAAUGGGACCAGCAUGUUCUUUAGCAACAAAACGACGCCUUCCUGUGCAGCUGACGUCUGAUCCGUGAACACAGCUACACAUUAGCACGUUGAAUCAAACUCUCCGAGCUGAAUGAAAACAGCGUCGAUUAAAGUGGGAGGAAAACCCCGCCGGACGUUAGCCGCAGCUAACUCGCAACGUGACCUCAUGUAAUCUCGAGCAGCAUCUGUCCCAGCGGUGGCUGUUGGCACAAUGGGGCUGGACUUUGAUGUAAAGACGUUCUGUCACAAUCUGCGAGCCACCAAGCCCCCGUACGAGUGCCCGGUGGAGAGCUGCCGAAAGGUGUACAAGAGCUACAGUGGCAUCGAGUACCACUUGUACCACUAUGACCACGACAACCCAACCCCUGCACAGACUGUACCACAGAAGAAGAGAAAGGGACGGCCUCCUCGCGCCUCUCUGCCCGGCUCAGGGGACACAGACGACGGGGGAGGUAACGGAGGCGGGGGGCCGGGGCACGGGGGGAACACGCCCGGUAGUCCCAACCGGUCGGACUGCUCUCACUCCCCGGGCAGAGAGACGAUGACCUACGCCCAGGCACAGCGCAUGGUGGAGCUGGACAUCCAAGGACGCAUUCACCGCAUCAGCAUCUUUGAGAACAUUGAUGUGGUGUCAGAGGACGACAGCGACGCAGAGGACGCUCCGACGUCCGGGGCCGGCGGCGGCGGCGGCGGGGGGGUGUGUAACGGCAGUGACGGUGGGAACGGGGGCAGCGAGGUGGGAGGGGGUGGCAAGGACCGGACAGAUAUCCCUUCGUCUAACGGGGGCAAAGCCACCCCCAAGUCCGGGAAGCAUAAGAGUAAAGAGAAGAAGAAGGACGGCUCAUCCCAUCACCACAGCGCCCAGUCGGGACCUGCCAUCAAGCUGCCAGAGGCCGUGUUCAGAGAGCUGGACCAAGAGAGACCUGAAGCUCCUGCUCGGCCGUCUUCUUACUACAGGUACAUCGACAAGUCUGUGGAGGAGCUGGACGAGGAGGUGGAGUACGACAUCGACGAGGAGGACUACAUCUGGCUGGACAUCAUGAACGACAAGCGGCGGCGGGACGGCGUGACGCCCAUCCCGCAGGAGGUCUUUGAGUACCUCAUGGACCGCCUGGAGAAGGAGUCGUACUUUGAGAGCCACAACAAGGCCGACCCCAGCACCCUGAUCGACGAAGACGCUGUCUGCUGCAUCUGCAACGACGGCGAGUGUCAGAACAGCAACGUGAUCCUGUUCUGUGACAUGUGCAACCUCGCCGUCCACCAGGAGUGCUACGGUGUGCCGUACAUCCCCGAGGGCCAGUGGCUGUGUCGCCGCUGCCUGCAGUCCCCGAGUCGAGCGGUGGACUGCGCCCUCUGCCCCAACAAGGGAGGAGCCUUCAAACAGACGGACGACGCACGCUGGGCUCACGUAGUUUGCGCCCUCUGGAUCCCGGAGGUCUGCUUCGCGAACACAGUCUUUCUGGAACCGAUUGACAGCAUCGAACACAUCCCUCCUGCCCGCUGGAAACUCACCUGCUACAUCUGCAAGCAGCGGGGCUCGGGCGCCUGCAUCCAGUGUCACAAAGCCAACUGCUACACAGCCUUCCACGUCACCUGUGCCCAGCAGGCAGGCCUCUACAUGAAGAUGGAACCCGUCAGAGAGACCGGGGCCAACGGCACCUCCUUCAGCGUCCGCAAAACGGCUUACUGUGACAUCCACACGCCGCCGGGGUCGGCCAGGCCUCUGGCGGGAGUGGGCGGGGCCAGCAUUGGGUCGUCGCACAGCGAGGGGGAGCUGGAGGAGGACGACGAGCCCAGCAUCGGCCACGACGACGACUCCAAGGGCUGGAGCUCCGAGCGAGCCAAGAGAGUGAAGGCGAAGUCCAGGCUGAAGAUGAAGAGGGCGAGGAAGAUCUUAGCUGAGAGGAGAGCCGCUGCUCCAGUGGUGUCUGUGCCCUGUAUACCCCCCCACAGGCUCAGCAAAAUCACCAGCAAUCUGACGGUACCCAGGAAGAGCCAGUUCAUGCAGCGACUCCACAGCUACUGGACCCUGAAGAGGCAAAGCCGCAACGGUGUGCCUCUGCUGCGCCGGCUCCAGACCCACCUGCAGUCCCAGCGACCUAUCGAACCCCUCCCGACACCGCCGUCAUCACAGCUUCCUCCACGGGACAGCGAGGAGAAACAAAGUGUGUUGAAGGAGCAGCUGAAGGCGUGGCAGAGGCUGAGGCACGACCUGGAGAGAGCCCGGCUGCUGGUGGAGCUCAUCCGCAAGAGGGAGAAACUCAAGAGGGAGACGAUCAAAGUGCAGCAGAUGGCGCUGGAGAUGCAGCUGACUCCUUUCCUGGUGCUGUUGAGGAGCACGUUGGAACAGCUACAAGAAAGAGACACUAACAACUUUUUCACUGAGCCUGUUCCACUGGAAGAGGUGCCAGACUACCUGGAACACAUCGACACUCCAAUGGACUUCCAGACCAUGUGGAACCUGCUGGAGUCCCACCGCUACCUCACGUUCGAGGCCUUCGAGGGAGACUUCGGCCUCAUCGUCAACAACUGCCUGAAGUACAACGCCAAGGACACGAUCUUUUACCGCGCCGCCCUGCGACUCAGAGAGAUGGGCGGCUCCGUCAUCAGAACGGCCCGGCGCCACGCUGAGCGGAUAGGCUUCGACUACGAGACCGGCAUGCACCUCCACCGGGAGCCAAGUCCCGACAGCCAGUGUGACCAAGACCGGGACAGAGAGAGGGAGCGGGAAAGGGAGAGGGAGAGAGAACGGGAGCGGGAGAGGGACCGAGACCGAGAGAGGGACCGAGAGAGGGACCGAGAGCGGGCUCGAGAACGAGAACGAGAAAGAGAACGAGACCAGCCGCUGUCUUCCAAUGAGGAUGACCUGCUCCUGCCAGAGAACAGGCGGCGGCUGCCACUGGAGGAGCAGCUGCAUUACCUGCAGUCGCGUCUGGACGAGGUCAGCCUGGGGAAGCACAGCAUCGGCCAGUCUCGUCGAGCCAAAGCUCUGAGGAAAGAGAUCAGCGUCAUCAAGAGGAAGCUCGCACACCAGCGGGAGGGGGGCUCCGGCCUGGGGGGGCGGGAGUCGGGGGGAGGAGGAGACCGGGGUCCCUCUCUCACCCAUCACCCGUGCUCUUCGGGGCACCAUGACGAGGGGGGAGAAAGCAGCAGCCAGGAGAUUGGUGGAAAAGAUAUGAGUGUGUCCUCGUCGGCCCUGGCCCCAGAGGUGGGUCGUCGGACAUCUGUCCUCUUCUCCAAGAAGAACCAAAAAAUGGCUGGACCCCCUAAAAGGCCGGGACGCCCUCCCAAGAACCGUGACGCUGGCUACGCCGGGGCAGGCGUGAGCCAGAGUCCAAUCGGCCCCCCACAGCUCCCCCUGCUGUCCCCCACCCGGCAGAGGAAGAGACCUCGAAGCCCCCGAAGCAGCUCCAGCUGUGACAGUGACAGUGACAAUGACGACCUGCUGCCAGGUUUGCCAAGUAAUGGUUUUGAUGGAAGAAACCAGCCGGUCACAGAGAGCUUCCGCGUGUACAGGAGUGAGUCUCGUCUCCCUCGUUCCAGCUCCGACUCCGAGUCCACGACCAGCAGCAGCAGUAGUGCAGCUUCCGACAGAACCAGUACGACUCCCUCCAAACAGGGCAGGGGGAAGGCGUCAUUCUCUCGCUCGGCCUUCCAGGAGGACAGCAGCGAGGAGACGUCUGGGACCGAGAACGACUCCUAUUCGGUUGGAGGAUCGAGGAGCGUUUCACAUUUGGUGCGUAGCCGGUCCAGAUCAGGAUGUUGGAUGACCUCAGACGACUACAGCUCCCUGGAAGCUUUGGACCUGGUGUGGGCCAAGUGCAGAGGUUACCCAUCAUAUCCUGCUCUGAUAAUUGACCCGAAGAUGCCCAGGGAGGGGGUGUUUCACAGAGGUGUCCCAAUCCCUGUCCCCCCUUUGGAUGUGCUGAAGCUCGGGGAGCAAAUGACCCAGGAGGCCAGGGAGCACCUCUUCCUGGUUCUCUUCUUCGACAACAAGAGAACCUGGCAGUGGCUCCCUCGCUCCAAGCUGGUGCCGCUCGGCGUGGACCAGGAGCUGGACAAGGAGAAGAUGCUGGAGGGCAGGAAGUCCAACAUCCGCAAGUCGGUGCAGGUGGCGUACCACCGCGCCAUGCAGCACCGCAGCAAGGUGCAGGGAGACCCCAGCAGUGAAACCAGUGACAGUGACUGAACACACGUGAACAUACGUGUGGAUCCCUGCACACGUUGUGGAGUACGUUUCUUAAAUCGAGAGCCCGGCCCGACAUCACGACACCAAACAAACCGUGCCAGCCGCACUGAGUGGAAGAAGACGUCCACUCCAUCAGCCCCAAGACGCACACACUCAUGCACACUAAGCCGUAUUUAAUCCGACAUGUAAAAUAUUGUAAUUAAGAGAAUUGAAGAAAAAAAAUUAUAGUAUUGAUUGAUGAAAAAUUACAUUAUGUUCAGAAUCCUGAAUCCGAAUAUUCCUUGUAUGUGGUUGAUAUAUAUGUUUAAUACGUUUACAGAGUCAAAAGGUGACUAUGACACUAUGAUGUCUGCACAACUCUGCCUUUCCCUGUCAUUCCUACACAUCAGUCACACGUGUGCGUUUGCGUGUGUGAACAGGGAAAUGCAUGUAGUGUACAUUGAUGCACACAAUGUGGGCACGUUUUCACACGUGUCACCCAACUCCAAAAACAACCAUGACAAAACAAGAAGCCUGGCGCUGGAGCCAUUAGUCAGUGGAGCACAAAGACUGUUGCAAACCAACGUUAAUGUUAUUUAUUCUGCUUACUCCUUCACAACAAGCUCCACCAGCUUGAUCCAUGAAGAACUACUUCUAAUCACUCCGACCCACACGAGACCCGGCUGUGGUGCUCUUUCCGUCUGUCACUCUGUGAUCAUCACGUCUCCCGUUUUUACAGUUUUUCUUAUCGUACGUCUGUGUCGCACAGGCCGCUGGUCAGAGAAUCACGAGGACUGAACUGAAACACGUGAUGGCCUUGCACUCUCUCUUAGUCUCAGGCUGAAGGCCUUAGAACUUUUAUAUAUACAGAUUACACAAAGAUAGAAAGUUUAAUAAAAGGAAUUGAGUUUUUUAAACCUGUG